AUGCCGUCCUCCCAUCAUGCAUUGGGCCUGACGGUCAUCAUCCUCUGUGGCGAGGGAUCUGACCUCAAGCCAAUCUCAAGCUCCAUCAAGCUCCCAAAAGCCCUGCUCCCCAUCGCCAACAAGCCAAUGAUACAAUACCCUCUCGAAUGGGCCCUCGAUGCUGGACUGGACACAAUUGUUAUCGUCUGCCUGUCCGGCCAGGAAACAGCUAUUCGUACAGCAGUAAAUGAAAUCUACGCCACUCGAGAACCCCACCCAUCCGCUGGAAAAAACCCAAAACCCCUCCAGAAACCGAAGAUUGUUGGUGCUGCUUCACCCGGCUCCAGAACCGGUACAGCCGAUGUCUUACGUCACCCACAAGUCUACAAUCACAUCAAGAAGGACUUCAUGAUCCUUUCCUGCGACUCAAUUUGCGAAAUACCUGCGACAACCAUCAUCAAAGAAUGGAUGCUCCUCCCAGAGACCGUCGGCGAUAAGAAGGGCGCUCUCGGAGUCUGGUAUGAAGUCAAGAAGGAAAAGGGCGUUGAACGGGAUACUAUUAUUACCGGGCCGGUCCCACGUUAUGACCUAGAGUCUCAUCUCAGAACAACAGAAGCUCGCACAGAUCCAACCACAGAACUUACGUACCUUCUCCAGAAUUUUGGCUCUAGGACCGAUGAUGGUAAGGGCGACAUCGAGAUCAGAAGAUCAUUGUUCAAACACCAUCCCAAGGUCAUGUACCACAGCCUUUACAGAGACGCCCACAUCUACAUUUUCCCAGCUUGGUCCCUCAAAUUCAUACUCAACAACCCUCGUAGCAAACUCAAGAGCAUCAAAGACGAUGUUCUCACUUGGUGGGCCAAAGCCGGCUGGCAAGGCUCCGGCUUGCAAGCCCACAACCUAGGAAUACUGGACAUCCUCUCAGGUGAGGACGGCGAUGAUGGCAGGAAAUCCGAUAGUCUUAGUAUGGCUAGCUAUCACGACGACGAAGUCACCGAAGCCGAUGUCGAGAAGUUUCUCGGACUGUCUUCAAUGGGGCAGUCUGGUUAUUCCACCACACCAGGUGCAGGCAAGAGAAAGGAGAUCAACACUCGAGGGUGGUUCCCAACCAAGAACAAGAUUCCUUCACCAGCUGAUAGCCCAAUCAGCAAUUCCAGCGAGGAGAAGGUAUUCAAAAAGAUCAAGAAACCUGCAUACAACGGGUUAUUCUGUCCUGGUGUCGCGGUUUUCAAACCCAAAAUGACAAUCACCCCGCUCGCAACUACUCCGCUUAUUAGGAGGGUCGACACAUUACCUCUCUAUCUGUCUACCUGUCUAGAGCUUGCUAGGAAUCCCACUUACAAUACGAAGCCUAUUCACUCCAGCGCAGUUAUCGACAGCAAAGCCAAUGUCUCGAAUAUUGACAGCAUGGUUGGGUCCGGUACCAAAGUUGAAGGUAAAGUCCUUGUCAAACGCUCUGUCAUAGGGAAGGACGUCAAAAUCGGUGCUUCAGCGAAAAUCCAGGGCUGUGUUAUUCUCGAUGGGGCACAAAUCGGGGCCGGCUGUAAGCUUGAAGGUUGCAUUAUCGGAAGGCAUGCCACCAUUGGGGAAAACAGCACCCUAACAUCCUGCCAAGUAGUUGAGGAUAUCUAUCUUCGCAAUGGAACCGUCGAGAAGAAUCAGUUGAUCACCGAAAGUUCUCUACCAGAAUCUGACGAAGAAAUGGACGAUGUUUUCGAUGGUGGCAACGACGGUGCAGGAGAUGGAGAGUAUGAGUCGUCAGAAGAAGAUGACGAUGAUGACGAUGAUGAAGAGGAGGACGAUGAUGAUGCUACAACGACACAGUCGAUUCCUACUACAACCAAGUCGAUUCCCACUACCUCCAAGGAGCAUGUUACCCAACUCUCUGCGGUUGCUCCUGCCCCAAAAACCUUUGAUGCCAAUUAUUCGAUUCAAGAAACUCCAGACCCCAAGAAGACGGUUGUCGAAAUUUCAGGAAUGAAGGAUAAGCAAAUUGAGCAAACAGAAACUGAGGCUGGUGAAGAAGAAAGUGGGCCCACUGUCCCAUUCUCCCGGCUAGAACUCCAAGGGGAAGAAGAUGAUGAGGAAGAUGAUUUUGAACCGGAUAGCGAUGAUAGUAGCUUCUGCGCGGAGGAGUACGACUCCAACUUUGAAUCAGAUGGCCUAGUAUCAGGCGACGACACUGGUAAUCUCAGCGGCCCUGAGGAAGAUGGUGGGCCUUUAAAGAGCCCGAAACGAAUCUCUGGGAACUUCUCUCGGGACAUGUCACAGAGUAUGGCACAAAUGGCUUCGAUGAAUCUCAGUGCUGUUAUGGGUGGAGCGGAUAAGAUAGAUGAAUCGAAGAAGGAGAGCUUACCACAAGUGACCGAAGUUAGUGAGGUCAAGAAGGAUGUUGAGAUUACAUCUUCUAACAACUAG